AUGGAACAGACCAAGGCUCUGGAUGCCCUCGCGCCUUUCCUCGCCCUCUCCAAGUCGGCCACCUCUCCCCGCGCCGCCGCCGACCUCAUCACCCGCGCAACCUCGGCCCCAAACACCUUCGUCUUCGCCGAGCUCCUCCAGACGCCUCAGAUACAGGCCCUCGCCCAGAGCCCCGAAUUCGCCCCCCACCUCGACCUCCUCCACGUCUUUUCCUACGGCACCUACCAGACCUACCGCGCCGCGUCCGACCUGCCCGCCCUCGUCGAAGCCCAGGCCCUGAAGCUCCGCCAGCUGUCCCUCUUGACCCUCGCGCGCGACCGCGCCAAUCUUUCCUACGACUCACUCCAGGGAGCUCUGGACCUCUCGUCGGCCCGCCAGCUCGAAGACCUCGUCAUCAAGGCUGUGUAUCAGGGCCUCCUCCAUGCCACCCUCGACCCCGCCCGCCAGGCCGUCCAGGUCACGAGCGUGGCCCCUCUUCGCGAUCUCCAGCCUGGCUCCAUUCCCAAUAUGACCGCCGCCCUCAAUGCCUGGUCCGAUCGAUGUACCACCACCCUUGCCGACCUCGAGGCACAGAUCAGAGACAUACGCUACGCCGCCGCCGUUCGUGCCAUGGAGACCAAGACGGCAGACGAGAAGCUCCGCCGCCUGAUGGGUGAGCUGCGAGACACGGACAAUUCCCAGGACUUGCCAAGCCGCGACGGCCUGCCACGGAGAGGGAUCAACAAGCGGGCAAUGCUGGAAACGGGAAGCUCUGCCGUCGACGAGACCAUGGAGCUCGACGAGCCGUACCUGCCAGAGGAGCAGACCAAGCGGGCCAGUAAACGGAAGAUGUAG